AUGACAGAUCAGCAAGCAUCCAUAGUGGUACCCAAAAUUUACCGAACCAAGCGGCGUGUCACUCACAAUUCUAAAGGCAGAGCGAUCUAUAGCUGUGAUAGAUGUAAAUUAAAGAAAAGAGCUUGCAAACGAGUUGCCGUAGAAGGUUCUUCAAAUGUUAUUCAAAGUGACGUACCUUGUGAGGGGUGUAAGAAAGCUUCUGUACCUUGUAAGACUACAAUCACUCGCAAAUCUAAGUUCAAAGUUCCAGUUGCCAGUCUAGGAUUGCAUUACAGAUGUUUGUUGUUGAUAAUGGAUGGUUUGUUUCCUCAUAUCGAUGUCAAGAACAUAGACAGUUUGAUAGAUCUUGGUAAUUCGUUGCACCUGAGAAUGCCUUCCAGAGAUGGCGAUUUUAGUGAAGAAGAUCUAAAGAGCAUGGAAGAUACAUCUUUGCUGAUCACUUCUACGAAAUGGUUCAAGCCAAGCAUGAAAAUUUUUGACGAUAUUGGCACAGAGCAUCAGCGAUCUCAGGAGAAAGAAGGAUCCUUGAAGCACAAGCCAGAUAUAUCUCAAGAGCAAGCGUUAGCAGAACCACUCCAGGAAACUUCAGACGCGCUAUCUGUACCAGUUGUCCAUAAUCAGAUGAAAAUUUUGGAGCCCAGGAAGGUCAAGCAGCCGGUGAGCUAUUCAAUGGAUGGUCCCCUCGUCUAUGAUAACGUUGAACUGAUUGAUAACUAUGGUAAUAAGCAUUACUUGGGACCUUUUUCAAGCAUCACAUUGAUGGGAACAUUUGGUAACAUCAUUACGUCAAAAAUUGGGGAUACUUCCAAGCUCAAACUCAAUAAAUUUAGAGAAAAUGCCAAUGAUAUGAAUUUUGCAAUGCUUAGGGAUGGAAAGGGCUAUACGCCAUCACUGAUCCGUGAGGGAUUUCCUACCUUGAGGCCGAUAAAGGGAUUGACGAGAUCUGUUAUGGACAGGUGGUUGGAAGUGUUUGUCGGCCAAAUUCAUCCCAUAUAUACCUGUUUUGAUGAGGAAGAUUUGCUAGGCAAAUACCAAAAGUUAGUAAUAGAUCUCCAGUUAGCCGAAAAAACUAACAAAUCUGUUCUUGGUCUCCCCAACGACGAAGUUUGCAAGUUCUACAGUAUAUUUCUGCUUGGUGACACUUUCAUGACGCAUAAUAACGACUCCAGGCGCUAUGAUCCGGUUAUUCAAAGCUUGUCACAUUUUGUUGAGAUCAAUCUUUCUAGCUUACUUCUCACGCCAACGCUUGCUGGAGUACAGAGUGAGUUUCUUUAUGGACUUUACCUGGGAACGCAAGGUCAGAAGGAGGGGUCAUAUUUAUUAGUCGAACUUGCAUAUCGCCAGUGCCUUACAAUGGGUUAUCAAAGAGAAGCUUUGUACUCGUAUAAAAGACUGAUUAAUGAGGGAGAGAUUAAAACGACAUUUUGGAGCAUAGUGCAACAAGAAAUCUACUUGAGUACAUUUAUGGGAAGAAUAUCGGGAAUACAAUUGGAAGAGAUCAAUAUCAAGCCAUACUCAGGUGAAUUAUCAGCCCUGAAGAGAAGUGACAGGGUUGCUUCUUUUUUUAGGGAAGAGAAGGUAGAUCUAUGCAAGCUUUGUUACAAUCUGUUACAGUAUCGCAAAGAAAUUACGUUUAGUAGCAAGAAGCUAUUGGCUGCGUCAAACGAAGAAAAAGCCAUUCGAUGUAAUAAUCGAUUAAACAGCUGGAUUUCGAAUUUUAAUUUCAAUCUUUCAUCGUUACUGGUUGAGAAAGAGAAUCCCAAUACUGACAAAACUGCUCUCGUUUACUCAACAUUUCCAGAGGAGAUGUGGAUACGGAUACAUCACUCUUACUACAUCAUAAGCCUUUGCGAGCCAUUCUUACUAUAUUUGCUUGGUCAGACUGAAUCCCUGACUGUAAAUGCAGGUGACCCUUUAAUGAGUUUGAUCAUAGAUGCAGUUAAAGCUUCCCAGCAUAUAAUUGACAUGAUACUUUACUUUGAUCAAGUAUCAGAGAACCUGGAGUUUUUUGACAAUUUUUCAAUCCUAUCCUUAGCGACUCAAUGCCUGUUGAUAACAGACAUUAUUAUCUCCAUGAAUCAGUAUUCUUCGGUUCAUUUGGAUGAGGAAUACUUGAAUUCAGAGCAUGGAAUCAACGAGCCAAGCCUUCAAGAUCAUAUACAUAAAUCGUCGAGAAUCCUGGAAGACAAUAUCGAAAGCCCCCAUUCGAGUGUUAGAAGUUUAUGUGAAUCCACCAUAGCUUCCCGGGAUGAUGUGCAGGCGCUGAAGGAAGCUUUAAAAAAGAAUUCCCAAAUAUUUGAGAGUCAACAGUCUCUUUCGUUUCUUCAAAAAGACCUCUCUUUCAUCUUUCCAAUCAAUGGGGAGUUUUCCUUCAGCGGUAAUACAGAACUCAAUGAUGUUUUAUUUGGGGAUCCAGAGUAUCUCAAAUUUAAUAGUUAA